UCGAAACAAGAUGUUGCUUUUGGUUGUUACGAUUCUGUGCUUCGUUUCUUCGAUGGCCGUCGAACCGUCGUACAAGUUCCAUCGUUACGAGACGGAGGACGUGAUGAAGACUGCAGAAUCGGUGGUGCCGGAGCACGGGUAUCGAGUGUUCGAGAGGGUAGGUGGUGGAGGAUAUUAUCCGAGAUACACGGACACCGCCAGCUUCAAUUAUCCAUCCGGAGGAUACUUUUUCCAUCCGGCGCCUCAGCUGCGGCACGGUUUCAGGGGAGACGGUGAAGAGUACGUGGAUAAGAGGAGGACGUUCGUGGACGGUGGCCAGAAGAAGGCGAGCGACGCUUCCUUCGAGAAAGCUUCAGGAUCGAAGCACGAGGAGAGGAAUCACGGCAAGGAGGGAUACAAACACGGGAAGGUGGAAGAGCAGGAUUUCAAAGGGGACAAGUCGUAUUACAGCGACGAGGAGGGUGGUCGAAAACUAGUCGAGGAUGGAAAGAGCUACGCCGGCGGAGAGCACUUCGAUAAGGAAGGUAAAUCGGGGGAUGAGACGAAGAGGAGUAAAGGACACAAGAAGGGACACGUCAUCAAGGGCUUCAAGACGUCGCAUCACAAGGACGAGUCGGGAAAGACGGAGGAGUUCUACGACGAGGAGCACGACGAAGGCGACGACGUGCGAUUCAAGGGAGAGGCCGGAAGCUUCGGCGAGAAGGCGAAAUCGACGUUCGAGGGUGGUCACGACGAUUCGCGAUUCAACGCCGAGAAGAGGAAGCAGGAGGGACACUUCGGAUCCGAGCGAAAAGUCGACAGCAACGACCUGAAGCGCGGUCGCUACGACGAGAAGAAAUCCCUGGACGAGGGACGUUCGUACGUGCUGAACAGCGGCAUCGACGAGCACUCGCUGCUCGGCCACCAAGAGAACAGCAAAUACUACAAAAACCAUCCGUACCACGUGCCCUUCUACAACCCGAACUAAACACAUUCAACAUAAUUAUAUUCUCACAGCGUAUUUAUUAGAAAUUGUACUGGUAAUUUUUCAUUUAUCGACAAAUAUAACAUUGAGAACGAGAAGCAGCAGCAACAAC